UUGUGUGUCUGGUUCCUCGAGAGUUUACAGGCGCCGAAUACCCUGAAGCUUCACCUGGAAACCCACCAGUGUUCAGUCUCUAUCGAUUCCGCGCAGACCAUUUCUGCACACUGUGCGUUCGCUCUCCUUUUACGACCUGCUCGUCGUGUCCGACUCCACUCUCUGCUGCUGCUGCUGCCGUUUUGCUCAGCAGUUGUUGUUGUCGUUGUUGUUGCAGCAGCUCUUUGCUACCAAUUCUGCUACCAUCCGAGCGCGGUGGUACCGCUUCGACAGCUUCUCGUGUUUUUGGCUUUUGGGGCCCACCACUUGUAGCGGCGGAGCCUGCUGUCGACUCUAGUGGCCCCUCCAGUAGCUGGCCAUCUCCCGCAGCAGUUUGCCGUGUGUUGUGCCGCGAACUCCACCGGAUUUUUACGGAGGACCCACCGCAUCAGUGUGACCUCGGCGUCCUCGAGAAGUGUUGUUGUUGUGUAUCGUCAGAGAUCAGUGUGUGAUAUCGCGGAUCGUCCCGUGGCACGCGACCUGCACGCGUUUAACCAACAAGUGACCAACGGUAUUAAAAUACCCAAACGAAAAAGGAUGAACCUCAACGGACAGUGAAGACCAGCGCAGUGUGACGUAGCUAGUUCAAAUUAGUUCAUACUCCCUCCUGUAUUCCGUUACAUCGCGUUACCCCAUCAAAAAAGUUCCGUAGUUUAAAAGAGUUAGUUCGUCAACUUAGUUUUGUGUGAAAUUUUGUGAUACUUCGAUGUGCCUUUCGAAAAACACGCAAAAAAAUAGUCCCGGAAACUCCAUCUGUCAACGCACCCUGGCCAAGUUUGAGGAAGAAAGGUUUUGAGUGCAAUUAACUAGCUAAAUUUGGUUUCACUUCUUUGCUGGAAAUUGUAACUGACAGGAAAAGUGAGCGAAGAAAUACUCCGAUUCUGAUACUGAAUUGGACAAGUGAUUGUUUGUCGAGUGUAAAGUGAACUGUAGUGAAGAAUAAAUUUUCUGCUGAGAAGGAAAUCAUUGAACGUGAGGAGCUGAUAAGGAGGAGGAUAACCUUGCGACAUGAUUAUGACGGCAAUGAAAGCUUAAUUUUCGCACCUUCCGCUACGCUUUCCCCACCCUUAAAAAGUCCCACCCAACGGAAAGACAGGAAAGCCGGCUUCAGAGGGUUGAUACGGCGAAUGAUGAUGAUGAUAUCGGCCAGCAUCACCGUUUAUGCUGCGGGCCGACCCCGGCUAAGUACAUUAUAGGGUAGUGUGCGCCACAAUCCUGCGAUAAUCACUGUAAUCUUCCACUGCCGGGGAUUAAAUGUCUGCUUAAAACCUGACGGAGUAAUUGUACGUGCAAGUGUGUGUGUGUGUGUUGGUUACAGAGAGAGAGAGAGACCGUCCACGUGCUGGAAAAUUAUUUUCUCGCGAGCGAGAAAAGCUCCGCAAACAUAAAGAAAACAUAAACAUUAAAAGAGAAAGAGAACAACUCGUUCUCACAACACAAAGAAAGCGAAAACAAGAAAGAGCAGCAUCAAUCAAAAGCCAUUCUCUCCCUCUCACCCGCUGCCGCACACAGACACAAGAGUGUGUGCUAGUGUGUGUGGUGCGCACAUAAGCAUAAAACAUACUUUUCAACGAAACCCCGGUCCAGCAACUUUAACGAACUGGGCGAAGAGAAGAAGCCAAGUCGCGGCAUGACGUUUCGUUGUGUUCCCUCGUACGACGCCAGCGCUCAAUGGACCCUCACACCGUCCCUGCAAUCGCAGCUGGAGCGGCUCACUAGUCACGGGGGCAUCGGGCUGUCAGGUGGCAGUCCGGCAUAUACCACACACUCCGGGGGCCACACGGGACGGAACGGACCCACGAGCGGGCACGGCGCAAGCCACGGAGGAUCGCACGGCCCGGGGCCCACCAUGCACCACCAGACUCUACAGUCCGAUUUUCAGCCGCCGUACUUUCCGCCACCCUUUCACCACACCACGCAGAGCCCGCCCCAGCAACAGAACCACGGUCUGGAUUACCUUAGCACAGACCCUUACGGGCAACCGCUAUCCUCGCUCCACCACGCACCCCUGCAUCACUACAACCAGCUGGCCGGUCUGCGCCCCUCCCAGGAACAGCUCGGCCUGCACCGGUCACACCGAGAAUCCGAACUCCAGCAGCACGUGACGCAACUCUCGCACGGCUUCCCGUACUCGGACCGGAGGAGCGACUACAGCGGCUCGAUCGGCAGCGGGGCCGGCGCGACCCGGUUAGGCGCCCACGAGCAUGACCCGCUGUCGCUGCACCAGGCGCUCCAGAGCGCGGUGGACGACGGCCAGAACCCGGUGAUAGACGAGAACGCGGGCUUCAUGAGCGAUCUGCCGCUGCUGAAAAACUUCCCCAUCACCGACAUCAAGAAGGACAGCAGCCAAAUCAACAUCGGCGGACCGUCGGACGUGUUCUGCUCGGUACCGGGCCGGCUCAGUCUCCUCUCCAGCACCUCGAAAUACAAAGUCACCGUGGCCGAGGUCCAGCGGCGACUCUCCCCGCCCGAAUGUCUCAACGCGUCCCUGCUUGGGGGUGUCCUCCGACGAGCGAAAAGUAAAAACGGCGGCCGAUUGCUGCGCGAAAAGUUGGAGAAGAUCGGCCUGAACCUGCCGGCCGGACGCCGCAAGGCUGCCAACGUGACGCUGCUCACCUCGCUGGUGGAGGGCGAAGCGAUCCAUCUGGCGCGGGACUUUGGCUACGUGUGCGAAACCGAAUUCCCCGCCCGCCAGGUCGCCGAAUAUCUGUCCCGGCAGUACUCGGAACCGCAGGAGUCCUACCGGAGGAAGGAGCUGCUGCUCAACACCAAGCAGAUUACGAAAGAACUGAUGGACCUGCUCAACCAGGACCGGUCCCCGCUGUGCAACACCAGACCGCAGCACAUCCUGGACCCGUCCAUCCAGCGGCACCUGACGCACUUUUCGCUCAUCUCGCACGGGUUCGGCUCGCCGGCGAUAGUGGCGGCCCUCACGGCUAUUCAGAACUUCCUCAACGAGUCCAUCAAGCACAUGGACAAGAUGUACCCGGGCAACGGGGGCAGCAUGGUCACGUCCUCGCUGGACAAGAGCAAAAUGGACAGCGACAAGAAAUGACAGUUAUAAAAUUACCUGUUCACUAAAAUUGAACGAUUUUAGGCGAACGAGAAUGCAUGACUUAGUUAAACGACAAGUGAGACGCACUCCUGUAUAAAGAAGUAAAGUAAAGUUAAAGAACCCAAACGCAAUUAUUGUGAUGUAAAUAGAGCGGAUUAAAGCCAGGAUCGUAUUUGAAGAGAAAACAGAAGGUUACAUGAUGAGAUUUCAAAACUAGAUUGAUUAUAAUUAAUUAUUAUUGGUCACCGCACCCGCAUGCGAAAUGUUCGAAAGUCUGCACGUUUUAACUCUCGGUGUUCUCAAUAUAUUUAACUGUAAUCAAUUGAAGGCAUAAUCGUAAAGUAUUGUUUAGUAUUUUAUAAUCCUUUUUGUGAUAGCCUAUUGUUUCGUAAGGACACAACUAUGAAUAGGAUCUAAACGAGCGUUGUACAUUUCCAUCCUAUUUUUUUGUAAAUCAAUGUGGCCAUUGAUACUUGUUUCGUCUGCGAACCCAUUUUAGCACAACCGAUUGGAGAGCCAAUCGAACGCAAAGAUGACUGACAAGAGCACCUAUAGGAAGCCUAUUAUUUAUUGUUUAAACUUAAGCUUAGAACAAACCAACUUUGACAACAAAGGAAAGAAGAGGAAAAAAAGAAGCGACGCCGGUGAGGCUCGAGUUAUAAGUGAAGUCAUGUGCCAAAAGAAAGCUACAAAAUUCCCCAACAUCGCCAUAAAUCCCAUCUCUCCCCACAAAAAAAAAAUGUGCCAACCUUUUUUCUAUUACUUGACCAAUUUUAAAUCAUUUUCACUUUUUCCAACAACUUAUCCUUAAAUCAUUCCCUCACGUGCCAUGAUUCCAAUCAAUUUUAAAUAAACGCCAGCCAUAUCCGUUAUCCUGUGUUUUCGUAAAAAAAAAUCUCGCAGAAAAGAGGCAGCCCCAUCUUGAAUAAUCACACAAAUUUCUGCUGUCGAAAAGAUUGUACAAAACUAUCACACACUCACACACGCAAGCAAAGCAAAACACUUAGCCAACAUUUUUCUUCCAAUCGUCGUCAGAGUAUUGAAAAAAAACAAAAUCAGCAUUGUAAAUUUUCGUAACAUAAUUUACCUAUUAAUGAAAUAAGUAAACGAAAAUCAAAGGAAAUCGCGAAACACGCAACACUUUUGCUCCGUAAAAGUUGGUGUAAUUGUACAAACAAAAGAUAAAUUAAACAAACUUGAUUAGCAAACAGAACAAAAAAUAAAUAAAACGUUAUUACAAAACUCCUCGAGCGCGAAAAUUAAACGCAUCAGCGCAUGAAAUGUGUUUAAAAAAAGCAACCAAUUGUGUCAAAUUUUAAAAGCAAGUAAAAAGAAACCGCGAACCAAAAAAAAGGUUAAUGAGAAUAGACCUAAGGUGAAACUCAUUCUUUCCAUUUUUGUUCCGAAUGAAAGCACAAUCCCCAAAAAAAAAUAAACAAACGAACACAUCCUUCACACUAAAGCAAACACAUCAAACAUUCACACUCAUCUUCACAGUGGAGAGCCCCCCCGCUAGAGCAAAUUAAGCAAAUCAAAUACACAAUUUACGAGAAGAAAAAAAAAGAAGUUGUAAAGGGACGACGGUGUUUAAGAGCAAAUUUCAGAAGUAUUAUAAAUUUAAAUUAAUGAAAAUAUAUAUAUUUUAAACUCAAUCCUAAA